AUGUUUGUUGGGAAUGGAAAUGUUCAACGCAAAGUGUAUAACGUCGGCAGUUUUCAUUCAAUUUUGGUUAAUGGUACAAUUGACAUUCGACUGGCGCAUGGUGAAAAACAGUUAGUAGAAAUUGAAACAGAUGAAAACCUACAUUAUACGGAUGCGGUUCAGCUAUCUAUUAAUGAAAAUGAUCAGCGCUUAUCUAUACAAGAUCAUAACUGUCGUUAUACGAAAAUGAUUGGUUAUAUUCAAUUUGUCUCAACACCUCCAGGAUUGAAAAGCUUAAAAUUAAAUGGUACAGGUCUUGUACAAUCGACAAAUGAAAUUUUCGCUCUUGAUAACACAUUUUCCUUGACAAUUAAUGGAACACGGAAAGUUGAACUUAGAUUAGAUACUAAAAAUGGUUUAGAAUUAGAAAUGAAUGGAACAAGUCAUCUAACACUGUCUGGAAAUAUCCAAAACUUCGCAGAUAUUAAACAGAAUGGCUCGACACAGUUCGAUGGUAAAAAUUGUACGAUGAGUCAGGCAACACUUGACUUACGAGGUACAAGUACAGCAUAUAUUAUUGCGCAAGAUGAAAUUAAUGUCAAUGUAAAAGGCGUUUCACGUGUAUUCUAUCGUGGUCCGCUAAGAAAGAAAACAGUUGAAAGUAUAACAUCUACAGUUCAAGAAUUUUAA